AUUUCCCCAGUCGAAUAACAGUGCUUUAGGAUGCUGGAGCAGGCAGUAGCGUACCAUCAGGACCACAAGUCUGAGUGGGAUGGAGACACUGUAAGAUGUAAAUGGAGAAACGUGGGUGUCAUCAAGAGAAAUUGGAUGUCCAUACAAAUUUUAAGUGCUUUGCAUUAAAUGCAAACAGCAUCACUUCUCUCUAAAGUAAUCCAUUACUGACAAUUAAUGUCAAAGUGCACGCAGGAGCAGCUUAAUGCUGCCUCGCUGGGUGAAACAUUGCUAAUGGAAAGAAAGCCUUAUAACAUCGUAUUCAUCAAAAUACACCUAAAUGCAGCAUAAUGCCUUCAAAAGUGUCAUGUCUAUACCUGUUGACAGUGGUCUGCUGGGCGAGCGCUCUGUGGUACUUGAGUAUAUCUCGCCCAACUUCCAAUUAUGUCGGCCACAUGUCUGUGCCUAUGCGGAAGAUUGCAAAGCCCCCCAAAAACAUCACCUUCACUAACAUCCGCACUCGCCCCCUUAAUCCACAUGCCUUUGAAUUUCUCAUCAAUGAGCCUAAGAAGUGUGAAAGUGUCGCCCCCUUUCUGGUCAUCCUCAUCAGCACCACACACAAGGAGUUUGAUGCGCGUCAAGCCAUCCGGGAAACAUGGGGGGAUGAGAGCACCUUCAGCGACAUCCGCAUCCUCACCAUCUUUCUGCUAGGCAAGAACACGGAUUCCGUCUUGAACCAGAUGGUGGAGCAGGAGAGCCAGAUCUUUCAUGACAUUGUGGUGGAGAAUUUCAUCGAUUCCUAUCACAACCUCACACUUAAGACCAUGAUGGGCAUGCGUUGGGUGGCCACAUACUGCCCCAAAGCGCAGUACAUCAUGAAGACUGACAGUGACAUCUUUGUCAACAUGGACAAUCUGAUCUACAAGCUCCUGAAGCCCACAACUAAGCCAAGAAGGAGAUAUUUCACUGGUUACGUCAUAAAUGGUGGCCCUAUAAGGGAUAUGCGCAGCAAAUGGUACAUGUCCAGAGACCUGUAUCCUGACAGUAAAUACCCACCUUUCUGCUCAGGCACUGGCUAUGUGUUCUCAGCAGAUGUAGCGGAGCUAAUCUACAAGACUUCAUUACACACAAGACUGCUGCACCUCGAGGAUGUGUAUGUCGGACUGUGUUUGCGUAAGCUGGGGAUACACCCUUAUCAGAACAGUGGUUUUAAUCACUGGAAAAUGGCCUACAGUCUCUGCAGGUACAGACGGGUUAUCACAGUCCACCAGAUCUCCCCGGAGGAGAUGCAUCGCAUUUGGAACGACAUGUCCAGCAAGAAGCACCUGAGAUGUUAGGGCACAGGUGGAACACUGAACUUUCUUUUGCCUUUUUCCUCCUUUUCAAAGUCCAUCAGUUAUACUGAAUCAAGUAAAAAUAUCGAGGGCUGCUGCAAGUCUCUAUUUCAUGACAGAUGUUUUCAUCAACAUCCAUCUAUGUCUAUUUCUAAAAUUACAAGUCAUGAUUGUUAAUGAAUGCAUGAGGCUUUUAAGGCGUGCAUUCUCGUGCAUUUCUAAAAUGUGAUAUUGUUAUUGUAACUUUGUUCAUGCUUUCAGGUGUGAAUUAAGCCCAAUACUCUUUACACUUUAAAGCAUCAAGUCAGUCAGUGUUGGCAGAUGGUUGGUUCAUGACUGAUGACCCCUUAGCCUGUUAAAGUGUCCUUGAGCAAGACACCAAACCUGAACCAGCUCUAUAGCUGCUGACUCAGCUCACAGACUUCCCUGCACGCGUGCAAGUAAAAAGAGAAUUUCUGUGCAGGAAUCAAUAGAAGUAUGAAAUUACUGUAUCGACUCUAUAAGAAUGACAUUUUAAAAGUAUUAUUUACAAAUGAAACAAAUGAAUUCCACAACACUGUACAUUGAAAUCCCAUGAUAAACCAGAUAAGACUACAUCUGCUCUCAUGCUGCUUCUGCCUUCAGUCUCCCAUGAACACAGUCAGACAGAACACUAACAAUAACCUUAUGCAGUUUUAUUGGUCUCCAGACUGGCCAAUUUAUAACUCUUAAGGAUUUUAUUACGGAUUUGCCUGGUGUCUUUUGUUUACAUAUCAUCAUUUAACUGCCUCUUCUUCCUGAAAGUUAAUGUUUUAGCUAUUAGAUGCAUUUUGUUGUUUUCCACUUUCAUACUUGAGCUAAUUGUGUCUCAGUUCUUCACUCCUCCUGCUGCAGCUGUUGGUUAUGUGCGCUGUAUUUCAGCAGCUCAUCAACCCCUCUAUGCCAUCACCAGAAAUACAGUAUCACGUUGUGCAAGUAUGAGAUUUACUGUAGCUAAAUGAUCAUUACAGACUGGAUGUACUAUCACAUGUAUCUGGCAUCAUCAGUACUGCGACUGACAACAUGGAAAAUAUCUGUUUCUCAGCAAAUGUGGCUUUCAUGGACAAAUUUAAAGUUUGUUUUGUUUUUUUUCCAGAGGUUUUGUAGUAAUAUAAGCUAAUGUGACAUUUACUGUGAAAGCAUCUAUCCCACAAGGGGUUGUCAUUAUAUAUUGUAUGUUUUUUAUAUUAAAAAACAAAUACUUGAAUAAUUAAAGUAAUAUUACUGCUUUUA